AUGGGUACAGCGAGUAUUAAGUCUGGUACCAUUAACUUGCUUAACACAAUCGUGGGAGCAGGUAUUCUUGCCAUGCCAUUUGGGUUGAAGAGUAAUGGGUUAUUGUUUGGGUGUCUCUUGAUUGUUUGGUCGUCGCUUACGUCUUCGUUUGGGUUGUAUUUGCAGAAUAAGGUGGCCAAGUAUACGCAGCAGCAAGAAGCGGUUUCAUAUUUCAGUUUGGCACAAUUAACGUAUCCGCAAUUGUCGAUAAUCUUUGAUAGCGCAAUCGCGAUUAAAUGCUUUGGGGUCGGGGUUAGUUAUUUGGUGGUUAUCGGUGAUUUGAUGCCGAAAAUCAUGGAGAGUUUGCACGUUAGCCCUGACAGUGUGUUGAUGGCCAGAAACUUGUGGAUCAGUGUGUUUAUGGUCUGCAUCGUUAUUCCGUUCUCGUACUUGAAGAAAUUGGAUUCGUUAAAAUACACGUCGAUCGUGGCCUUGUUUUCGGUGGUGUAUUUGAUAUGUCUUGUUAUAUCACAUUUUGUGGCUAGAGACAUUCCAGUGGAGAGCAUUCAGGUGGAUUGGGUGGGCCCAGUGUCUGUGAAGUCUACGUUAGCAUCGUUCCCUAUAUUUGUGUUCGCAUAUACGUGCCACCAAAACAUGUUUGCCAUUAUCAAUGAAUUAAAGCCCAACGAGAAACAGGGGUCACAAACAAGACAAUCGAAUGUAAUUAUUAGAAACGCUAUUUCCACAGCAUGCAUUUCGUAUUUGAUUGUUGGGGUUUCUGGUUACUUGACCUUCGGUAAUUCUGUGGGGGGUAACAUUAUCAGCAUGUACCCUAAGGAUUCGAUCCUGUCGUUAAUCGGAAGAUUGUGCAUUGUUAUUAUGGUCAGUUUAUCAUAUCCUUUGCAGUGCCAUCCAUGUAGAGGAUCGAUUAACCAUGUAAUUUUUUUUAUCAAGAAUGGGUUUAAGGCACACCUGAAAGCAAAGCGUUCAGCAAAUGCUCCAGAGUAUACAUCUUUAGCAUCGGAUGCGGAAUCUCAGACUGAUUCCCAGCUUGAAACGCUUGCUGACGAAACUUUUAUUUCCACCACCCCAGUCGAAGGUGCACAAGAUUCAGAUGGUCACUAUCCAAUCGUUGUUAAAUUAUCAACGAAAAUGUUCUACAUAAUCACCACGGCGAUUCUCGUCUUAUCAUACCUUGUGGCAAUCACCGUUACUUCAUUAGAGCAUGUGUUAGCGUUUGUUGGAUCGACAGGAUCAACUUCGAUUUCAUUUAUAUUACCAGGAUUAUUUGGAUACUUGUUAAUUAAGCCAAUCAAUGGAGCCACCGAAUUGGAUAGAGUUGAGCGUAUCUGCAAAUUCGGAGGAUUAGCAUUAGCCAUCUGGGGUGUAACAGUCAUGAUUGUAUGCUUAAGUGCAACAAUAUUUUUAGGUGCCACAGAAUAG